AUGUUGAACGGCAGCGGCAUCAAAAUAUUUUCUGGGACCAGCCAUCCUGAACUAGCCGAGAUUAUUGCACGACGCAUUGGCCUGCCCCUUUCGAAAGCAGAGGUGACUCGCAGCGGCAUUGGGGAGACAAAUGUCACCAUUGCAGAGUCUGUUCGGGAGGACGACGUAUACAUCAUCAACACUGGAUGUGGCGCCGUUAACACCGCUCUUAUGGAACUUUGCAUCAUGAUUCAUGCCUGCAAAAUCGCCAGCGCCAAGAGGAUCACCGCUGUUAUCCCGCUUUUCCCGUAUGCGAGGCAGGACAAGAAGGAUAAGAGCAGGGCUCCAAUUACUGCGAAGCUUGUGGCGAACAUGAUACAAAAAUCUGGCUGUGAUCAUGUUAUAACGAUGGACCUUCAUGCUUCGCAAAUCCAAGGGUUUUUCGACGUCCCCGUUGAUAAUUUGUAUGCUGAACCAUCCGCCAUCCUGUAUAUUCGGACGCACUUUGACUUGGCGGAUGUAGUGAUUGUUUCGCCCGACGCAGGGGGUGCAAAAAGGGCUACAUCGAUUGCCGACCGAUUAGGCGUGGACUUUGCGCUAUUCCACAAAGAGCGAAAAAAGGCGAACGAGGUUUCGCGAAUGGUUCUGGUGGGACAUGUGAAAGACAAGGUCGCGAUUUUGGUGGAUGACAUGGCAGAUACCUGUGGGACACUAUGCUUGGCGGCGUCACAUCUCUCAGAAGCGGGAGCCACAAAGGUAUUCGCGUUCGUGACUCAUGGGAUACUGAGCGGGAACGCGCUAAAAGCGGUGGAGGAAAGCAGCCUGGAGAAGCUGAUUGUGACAAACACACUUCCGCAACAUGAGAACCAAGCUGCAUGCAAGAAGAUCGAAGUGAUCGACAUUGGCAAAGUGUUGGGAGAGGUGAUUCGUCGGAGUCACUAUGGUGAAAGCGUGUCGAAGCUCUUUCAUGAGGUUCCAUACUAG